AUGUCAGAGCUUGUCGAUAUCAAGACGGUGGUCGAAGACGGGACGGCCAGGUCAGCCAAGUCCACCUCUGUCGACAUCGACGAUGGCUUCGACCCUGCCGUCAUUAAGGCGCUCAAGCGCAAGAUCGAUUGGAAGCUCGUUCCCCCUCUGGCUGCACUAUACGCGAUCUCUCUCAUCGAUCGAAACAAUCUCGGCCUGGCAGGAGAGGCAGGCAUGACGGCCGAGCUGAAGCUCAACAUCGACAAUCGAUACUCGCACGCAGUUGUGGCCUUCUUCCCACCAUAUGUAGCCCUCGAGCUCUUCUCCAACAUUGGUAUGCGUAGGGUUGGAGCAAGAUGGUGGCUGCCUAGUGCUGUUGUCGUAUGGAGUCUCUGCCUCUUCGGUACGGCUUUCGUCAAGAAUUGGCAGGGAUUGACGGCGUUCAGAGCAAUCUUGGGAAUGGCAGAAGCGACACUCUUCCCUGGUACUGUGUACCUACUGUCAUGUUGGUAUCCGAGGCGAGAGAUCGCUACGCGAAUGACUGCCUUUUUCGUGGCCGGCUCUGCUUGUGCAGCGUGGAGCAGUCUGCUCGCUUACGGUCUGUCUAAAAUCCACACAGGCUCUACCCUCUACGGCUGGCGCUGGAUCUACCUGGGAGAAAGUCUGCUGAGUCUCGUGGUGGCCAUACCUUGCUACUGGCUCAUCGUCGACUUCCCUUCCUCUCACCGUUGCAAAUUCCUUAGCGAGGAGGAGAAGCGCAUCGUCGCUACUCGCAUUGAGAGGGACAGGGCAGACUCGGAGCCGGAUGGCUUGACGAUAACCAAAGUAGCCAAGUAUGCUGCUGAUCUAAAGCUGUGGGCCUUUGCGUACUGUUACUGUAGCACGACGUUGGCUUCGUAUGCAAUGUCUUACUUCUCACCCCGCAUUAUCGCUUCGAUGGGAUUCAAGGGCGUGGACCUCUACCUGCUCCUUGUGCCGCCUGCGGUGCUUGCCAUCUGCUGGGGUCUUCCAAUGGCGCGUUGGAGCGACAAAACAGGCUGUCGCCUGCCUUUCAUGAUUCUCAACUCUGUCAUUGCAAUGACGGGUCUUAGCCUCUUUGCGUUUCUGCCAGUGCAUGCCACAGCAGGUAGGUACUUUGGUAUCUUCAUCGCCACGGCAGGCCUGCACUGCAACAUUCCUCUCACCAGCUCUGCCUCGCAGACUGCCAUUCGAGGUCAAGCCAAACGAGCAUACACCUCGGCGCUAGUGGUUGGCUUUGGCGGGGUUGGUGGCAUCAUUGCUCCCUUUGUCUUCCGACAGAAGGACUCGCCUCGCUAUUUCUUUGGUGUCAAGUUCGUUCUGAUAUCUCAAGGGAUUGCGAUUGCAGUCUGCUUGGUCUUGGGAGCAUGGUUCCGUCACUGCAACCGGCUGGCCGAGCGUGGGAGAAAGAUUAUCGAGGAGCACCCAGAAUUCAGGUACCAAAUUUGAAAUGAAGUUGGAGGCUUGGCGAGGAAUAUGGUGCCCCACGUGCGAGAUGGAAGUGAGUCCCCCGUGUACGCGACCUUGGCAAGCCCCUGGUCGAUGGACUGGUACGACGCACAGACAAUUCCAGAGGUUUGAGUCCCGCUGUGACGAUGAC